AUGUCCUCUGGACAAGAUAAGGACGCAUUUGAUUCUUUGACAGACAAUGAAAAAGGCGAUGACGUUGGAAAAGACGACAGUUCGAUGGAGUCACAUGAUGAAGAGACCGAAACUGAUGAGUCUGUGAUGGACUCUCAGGAUUCAGCAAAAGAAACCGACACCGAACAGAGUGGUUCCGAGAGUGAUGCAGGCUCUGACGCGUCUUCCGGCACGGCUUCGACUGAUGAAAGUCAAGAGUACGGCUACGACAGUGGCGACGAGGAGGAGUGGACACUCUAUCGAGACUGGACCAUCCCACUACCUCACCAGCCUGGCGACAUUCCUCAACGCGUCAUCAAGGAGACAAAACGCGCUGGCAAAAAGUUUUAUCUGAUAGAGUUUGCUGCGCUGCCUCAUCACAACCACAAUGACUGCGACCAAAACCCAUGUGGAGUACACGCAAUCGCGUGCCAGGAUAACGUCGGGUUCUACUCAUGUGUCUGUGAGAUGGGGUUCACCGGUACCCAUUGUGACGUGAACAUCAACGACUGUCACAACAGCUCGUGCAGAAACGGCGGGACAUGUGUGGAUGGUGUUGGCAACUACACGUGCGUUUGUCCGGAUGGGUUUAAUGGGAAGCUGUGCGAAAAACAAAUCGUAUAUGGUGGGUGGAGCCAGUGGACUGACUGGACUCCAUGUAGUGUAACAUGUGGGAACGGCACACAUGAGCGAUGGAGACAAUGCAACAGCCCACCUCCCAAAGAGGAUGGCAAGGACUGUGUGGGGAUUUCCACCGAGAUGGAAACCUGUCGUUUGCAAGACUGUCCAUCUUGCCUGGAGCUGAAACCACCAUUCGGUAUCAUAAUGGAGUGUUACCGGAAUGAGACAGAGGGCGAAGAGUAUUGUCAAAUCGACUGUGGUCCUGGUUUGGAGUUCUCGGAAACACCCCUACCGCUGUAUACCUGCGGGCCAAAGUCACAAUAUAGAUGGAAUCACCAAACCGAAAACAAUCCUAAGGCCACACUUCCAGCGUGUUCCCAUGGACGAAUUCCUAAGACGUUUUUCCUUGAAUACGAGAUUAAAUACCCGGACUUGUUCUGCACAUCCGCUGACGAAAGUCUACUCAUUGCUGAGACCAUCAGAGACGUAGGGUCAAAGAAUGUUGAGGAUGUAGACUGUGUCUGGAGAAAGACUUGCAAUGCGACAGUGGAGGUUCAUAAUUGCGGCACAUACGAGAAGAACACAUCGCCAGUAUCCAUUGGUCUAGUGCUUUGUGGACAAGUAAGCGGAACUUUCAACGUGGACGAGAAUGGAAAUAUCACCAGCGAAGGGCAUGAGGCAUUCAGUAGCCUGUCCGAGACUAUUAUGGACCUCGCCUCUGCUGCCGAAGAAAUCCAAAACAAAUCAAGUUCGAGUGACUUCGCUGUGGUCAUUGAUGGCCAGAGUUUUGAGGUGGAAGCCAACGGCAGUAAACCAAGGUUUAGUGCGGAUUGCCCACCUGGGAUGACAGCCCAAAAGAUGGUUUGCGUAUACUGCGCACCUGGAACCUACUAUCUAAACCGGAUGUGCAUCAGAUGCCCUAAGGGGACUUUUCAAGACCUUGAGGGACAGAUGUUCUGUAUCUCCUGCCCGGAAGGUUUCACAACGGCUGGAGUAGGGUCCAACAAUUACACCGACUGCUUCCCUUCCACAGAUGAACCAAUGACACAGACGGAACAAGGCUUUACCAUGACGUCAGAUGAUACAGACUACACUUCAACAAUCCUGCCAACCACAACUCCUUUGGGUCCAGACGACACCGAGGAUACAACGGAGAUCAAAGGUCAUUAA